GAAGUGCGGGAAGCUGUGUUUUGAACAACAACGUGGAUAUUUUUUUGUCCUGAAAUUAAAAAUUGCCUGCCGUGCACAUUCAACUUGGAAAAAGGGUGACUAAAAAUCGACAAGUUAUAAUUUUAAAAAAAAUCAACUAAAACAAAAAAUAGCUUUGGUUGCAUUGAUUCACUGACUGACUUCGAAAAUUUCGAAUCGAAAUGGCACGUGUCCCUCUAACUUUGUCCGCGAUGGAAAUUAACCUGUUGAAAGGACUGCCGAUAUCACUCCAUGAUGCCAACACAAAAUCGACCCUCUUGCAGGAAAUUCUAGAAAGUUUUGAAGCCCAAGCGGACGAUUCAUUUGUGAUGAUGGCUUAUCAUUUGCAUCAUGCCGUCACUAAUGAGAUACAGUCUAUUCUAGACGAACAGAUGGUGCACCAAGAAGAAAGAUCGGAAAUUCUACUCUUAAUUUCUGCAAAGUUAAUACGCCUAUUUGUUCAACUGAAUUCCACUGGUCCACACAUUAAGUUUACAAUAGAUAAUAGUACUUCAAUAAGUUUGACAACCAAAACUGUACUUGAAGAAUUGGACGCCGUGACUUUACAAGUUGACGGUCUCGAAAUCAACGAGCUUGCAGUGUUGCCGCAACUCCUACUCAUGGCUCAAGAGUUUCUCAAAAUUAAUUCGUCUUGUCCAAAUUUAUGGAUAGGCAAAAUGCAUGCGUGGUGGUACAUUAGGGCGAAAUUCCUUCAGCAAAAAAUAUUGGAUGGUACAAGUGUUUCUGUUGCUGGAUGCAUAGGAACUGCUGCUGCUGUCAUUGAAACACAAUUUGAAAUAUGGGACAAUGAUCUCGACCUCAAAACGUUAUGGUAUUGUGAACAGAGCGACAUUCACCUUUACUAUUACGAUAUUGUGUCGGCUAGAAAAUGUCUUUCGGAAGCAGCUAAAACAUGCAAAUCAGAGUUUUAUACCACAGGGAUGCUGGGAAAGAAAACAAAAUUUCAGCAGAACGAUUUAGCUCAACUUGUAGUUCAAGCUGAUAUGCAGCAAGUUACUGAGACCACUGAAAAUACGAUUUACCUGGAUCAAUUUCGUAAAUGCCGAUCAGUCAUCGACGUACCAUUGGACGAUGACACUCGUUUAGAGAAGGUCAAAUUGCAAGAUGAAAGCCGUGCAUUUAACUUGACAACUAUUCAACAAGUGUUGCUGUUAGCCGAAUUGAAUUAUAUGAAAAAGUCCCAAGCGAAAGAUGAAUUGUUAAAGGAACAAAUUUUAGCUUAUGUUCGGACUCUGCUGGAAGACCCAAAAUUAUGGAAUGUUUUCGUUGUGUCCCUUAUAUUCCGAUCCAUGGUGGAAACAGACCACUUUAGAACCGUCGAGAGGUCCAUGAUGCAGUUCGAGAAUAUUCAAAGAUCAGUAACUACAGAUGUUUCGCCGUCAUUUAGUGCUAGAUAUCAAUUCUAUCAUGCAUCGUGUAUGCCUCUGACUUGGGAAAUUGAUGUUGCAUUUGGAGAUGUCUUGAUUUCCCUUGGCCACAUUAAAAAUGCUCUCGACGUGUAUCUUCGAAUUAAUAUGUGGGAAAAUGUUAUCGCUUGCUACAAUUCAUUAGACCUGAAGCAUAAGGCGGAAGAAGUCAUACGAGAGCAGAUUAAGAAAACGGGAGAAACUCAAAAGCUGUUAGUUUAUUUGGGUGACGCAACAAACGAUAUCACGUUGUAUGACAAGGCUUGGGAACUCUCUAAUCACAAGAGUUUUUUGUCGCGUCAACGUUUGGGCGUUUACUGGUUCAGAAAACAACAGUAUGAGAAGGCUAUACCAUUUUUGAAGGCUGCAGUAGAGUUGAAUCCAUUAGAAUAUCCCGUGUGGGUUCGAUUAGCCUACGCAGCAUUACAUUCAGAAAAUUGGGAACUUUGUGUAAAAGCUUAUGUGCAUGCCAACAACCUGGAUGACCAGAGUUUUGAAAAUUGGAAUAACUUGGCAAAAGCAGCUUUAAAGUUGGGGAAUAAGGAUCAAGCCUUGCGAGCCUUGAAACAAGCAACAAAAUGCAACUAUGAAGAAUGGAAAGUUUGGGAGAACUUGAUGGUGGUUGCGCUACAGUGUUGUGAUUUAGAAUGGACAAUAAUGGCCUUCAAUAGACUUAUCGAUUUGAAGGAUUCAUAUGCUGAUGACAUGGUGUUACGCCUCUUGGUUGAUUUGGUGUGCGAUGAUUCGUGGGAUGCAAAGGGGGCAACCAGUGCUCGUUCGAGAGACGCGUUGCAGAAAUUGUUGGGUAGAGUUACGUCCAAAGUAACAACUAAUGCUGAUGUUUGGCAAAGCUAUUCUACAUUCCUCUAUAAAACUGUUAAAUCAAAGUUGGGGGAUAAUUCUUUGGAAGACAAGUGGUACAAUAUGGUCCAGUAUCAGCAAAAAACUGUUAAAUGUAGAAUCCAGAAUACAAAUUGGGACAAGAUACCAGAUUUGACAAAGCAUGUGGUGGAAGCUAUCGAAUUGCUGUGUACCAGAACGCGAGAAUUUCUUGAUGUAUUGCCAAAUAAUCUCUCUGGAAAAGAUUUAAAGACCCAAGCAGAGUUCCUCAAUCAACGAGUUCAAAAUACUAUCAGCCAGAAGUGCAAAGAGGCGAUAGAUCCAACCAUUUAUACAGAAUUUUUAUCGAGACUUGGAAACGCUAAUCAUAUUUUAACUGGAGGGACAGUGACAUAGUCUUCAGUAGUUUGUGAUGUUUUAUAGUAAUUCCAAAUGUUAUUUUAAUAGAAUAUUGGACAAAUUUUUGCUAAUUAUGUAUAACGAGCAAAAUAAAAUUCUAAAACUAAGCAAACUAAAAA